AUGAAAGAACAAAUCUUUUGUCUGUUUCUAGUGGUAUGUAUGUUGUUGUGUUCAUCUCAAGUCCAAGGGGAGAGAUGUAACGAUUCAGGCAUCGAAGUUCUGUUGGGUUGUGGAGAUGCUAUCGACAAGGAGCUGACAAAUCCGCCUAAACCAUCCAAAGGUUGUUGCACUCUUGUCCGAACCAUUGGGAUGAAAUGCGUAUGCGAAGUCAUCAAUAAGGGAAUCGAAGCCACCAUUGAUAUGAAAAAACUCGUCAAUGUCGCCGCCGCUUGUGGCCGUCCACUUGCUCCUCGUUCACAAUGCGGAAGUAAGUCCCAAGUCCCAACUUAA